CUAAAGGUCUUCAGACCCUCUCAAUCUGAGUCUCUAGCGGGCGACUAACCUCCACCGGAGUAAACAGAUUGAGGCCUUAACAAACAAAACCUCCACUACCGGAGUGAAUCCGGUUCAGAAUAGUGAGUUGGCUCCUCGACUAAAGUCACCAACUCCCUACCUUCAAUCAAGGAUGCUCUAUUAACCUAGGCAGAUAUUCUCAUUCUAGGUCAAACCAGAAACAACAGGAAUUUGAUCAGGAUUCAUGCCAUUCAAUCAUUCAAACCUCAAUCGAAUAUAAUCAACUCAUAGAAUCAGUACUUGGGUUCAUACAAUCAAACCUAACAUAAAAAUCUAGGGUUCUCCAUACCCAAAUGAAUGGGAGAACUACUCCAUGUAGAAAGAAGCAAAAGCAGAAUCAGACGCGGAAUUCAUACUGUGAAGGAUGGAUUCCUGCUUCUGGACGUUGAUCGGCACUUCUCCAAGCUCAAACUGGCCUCCAAUGGUGAUGAAGAUCAAGCUAGGGCACUUGGAGACUCUUGUUCGUCACUUUCUCUCUCUAGGAAUCGCUCUGUCUCUCUAAAACUCGAAUCCCCUUCUGUUUUGGCUGAAAUCUGCUUAAAAGGGCAUCAGUGGCCAAAGCACGGUCGAGGGCACGGCCGUGCUUUGCCUCAGCCCGCCCGUGCUUUGGCUAGGGUUAAUUACACGGCCAUUGUGUUGGGAGAAACACGACCGUGCUUUUGGGAAGACACGGCCGUGCUUUGGUGGACACGGCCGUGCUUUGUCUCGGCCCUGCCCGUGUAAUCAGCUCAUUUUUGCCAAACUCGAAUUAGCUCUCGGCAGUAAAAGCACGGCCACAGAACACGGCCGUGUUCUGUUUUAGGUGUGCCCGUGUUGUGGCUCCAGCUCAACGAAAUGACUUCCGAAUGCCCCGAAACUCGUGCUUAGCCUUUCCUUUGACGCCUGGGACCUGAAAUAUGACAAAAUAGCACAACCCGGCGUAAAAUAGGCCCAAAGUACACGACUAUGCCCCUCAAACGGAUAAGAACUAGGGGCGCAAAUAUGUGCAAUUACAUCGUUAUCAUCGUGCAAACCCCAGGCUCCGCCAGUUAAGAGUAGCUUGAUCAAAUUGCUGAAAUUGUUUUUGUUAUGAUUGCAUCAAUAUUUCUUUACUACUGUCACAUCUUUUAGCAAUUAGCUGUUGUAUUUAAGGAUAUGCUGGGUAUUACAUCUUAACUUAUAUGAUUUGUUAGUGGUAUUACAUGAUAACAGUUUUCUGGAUGAUCAAACAAUCACAGUAAUGGACAACAAACUAAAGGCAGAGCUUCAAACUUUUGCAAUGAUACCUAGGUACCAUGAUUCAAGGUUGAUGCCACUGAUAUGGGAGAUAUUUGUACCAGUGUCAACAACUCACAAGAUGAACCAAACUUAGAGGAAAGCUACGACACUUAUCCAAGUUCUGGAGGUCUAAGAGGGAGUACCUUGAAGAAGCAGAAAAAGAAUCCAUGUUGUUGUCUCGGACAUUGCGUAGUACUGGAAUGAUUUGUUUGAUGGUAAGGUUCGGGUUAGGAACAUUGUAUUUGGUAGUUUGCUUCUCAUAUAUGGGAUGGCAUGUUGGUAAAUAGGUUCAACUUUUGUAUGCUGCUUAUAAUAGGACUUUCAUGUUGUGCUAAUUCAAAAACAACUUAUUCCUGCAAUUUAUGUGGCUAAUCCAAAAGAAUGCACUUUCAGCUUGCUUUGGUUUGUUUAUCUUUGGAGUUUCAGGUUAUGUUUAUUCAAACAGUAGCUUACCAUGUCGUUUAUUCCAAAGAAAGAUGUUAUGCUUGAUGUGGUUUGCUUUUCAAUUAUAAGCAGUUUUAGUAUGCUUUUAUUCACGCAACAACAACUUAUUGGUCUUAUUUAUCUUUCAGUAUGUUUUUAUUCCCCCAAGCCCCAGCUCAGUGCCUCCCGACAUCGGUCCUCGGAAUUCCCUCCCAAAUCCAACCGCUGAGGAAACAAUCCUUCUCUGUCUCGCUCUGUGCCUUCAAAAACCGACUCUGUUUUUGCUUAUUUGCUCUCAAAGGCAAAGGUAUGGACCAUCCUAAACCUAUUCAUAUAUGUCCACAUUUUCUCCCAGUUUCUCAAGAAGGAGGCUAAUCCAUAGCUGAAUAUUCUGUGUGAUUCAUCCCAUACUUCUAUAUCUGUUCCCUGCAUGCACAUAAGCAAGAUUCAUUUUGGGCAUCAAACCCAUCAAAAGCAAAAUAAGCAAAUCCAAACACAACAAUAAUAGCGAAGAGUGGAAUUUAAAGCGGAGGAAGCAAGGGAAGGGGUGGAAGGAGGAAUUAGGGGGCCAUGCAAAAGGAGGAGCAGACACGUUGAUGGGGAAUGGUGGGUCCACUAGAAUGCCAAAUGGGGCUAUUAUUCUCCAAUUGUGAUACCAAAUUCUUUAUGGCUUUUGCAGGAAACCUAGGUUGAAAUUCCAAACCCCAGUUAUCGGUUAAAGGAGACAAACUAUUGUAUUCCCUCUUCAAAGUGUCGACCUUUGCGGCUUUGCCCCCACUUGCCGCACAAGGGAGGCUGAUCAUCAUCUAAAAUUAUAUUUUCCUCUGCCGGCUCAAAGCUCUCAUGGAAACGAAGAAGCAACAAAGGCUACCCAUGGCAUUUAGUCUCUCAGUUUCUUAGGUUUGUAUAUUUGUAGCAAUACCUCAAGGGAUUACAACACUGGCUGUGGGUCUCUCCCCCCAGCAUGUACAAAUACAACAAGCAGGUGAAUUAAACGUGCAAAAUUGU